CCUUCCCGCCAACAACCACAACCACCACCACCACCCUAUCAAAUGCAUUCCUACUUACCUACCUAUUCAAUAGUAUGUGUAGGCAGGCUUUGGUAACACACGCAAACAGCAAUAUUCUGCCUAGACGUCUACAUUUUUCUCGUUUGAAGAACAAACGCUUCCUCGUCCAAUUCGGCCUAUUCGAGCUCUGCGCCUGUCUAUUGCCUUCUGACCUUGCCCUUCAGCAUACCCUCCUCACAGGCUCCGACCUGCGCGACGACCUGACCUGCCCUCUCCACGACCUUUGGCCCGGCAUUGCCGACCUUGCUUCGUCUGCCACAGGCCGAUCUCUCCGAGACGUCUUACCACUGCCGAACACACCACUGUCGCUGUUGAUCUCCAGAGGACUUUCGUCACAUGUACAUAAUACAAGAUGGCAGCCCGAAAAUUGCAGCAGGAGAUAGACAAGACCUUCAAGAAGGUCGCCGAAGGUGUCGCCGAAUUCGACGGUAUUUACGAGAAGAUCGAGCAGUCCAAUAACCCCGCUCAGAAAGAGAAGCUCGAGGAUAACCUCAAGCGCGAGAUCAAGAAGCUCCAGAGAUUACGAGACCAGAUCAAGACAUGGGCUGCUAGUAAUGACAUCAAGGACAAGGCCCCGUUGCUGGAGCACCGGAGGCUGAUAGAAACGCAAAUGGAAAGGUUCAAGGCUGUUGAGAAGGCUAUGAAGACCAAGGCUUACUCGAAAGAAGGCCUUUCAGCUGCUGCCAAACUCGAUCCUAAAGAACAAGCAAAGGCCGAAGCUGGGGAAUUUCUCAGCAACAUGGUAGACGAACUUGAACAGCAGAUCGAGACACUCGAGGCCGAAAGCGAACAGUUGCAAGUGACGAUGAAGAAGGGCAAGAGCCAAGCGGCCAAAGCCGGCCGCAUCGCGACAAUAGAGAAUACGAUCGAGCGACAUAAAUGGCACCAGGGAAAACUUGAGCUGAUUAGGCGGUCACUGGAGAACGGCGGCAUUGAAACAGAACAAGUUACGGAUAUGGAAGAGAGUAUCCGUUACUACGUCACAGAUGGCAUGAAUGACGAUUUCGUUGAGGAUGAAGGCCUUUACGAUGAGCUAGCUCUGGAAGAAGAGGAAGAUACGUACGGCAUGAACCAAGAUAACGACCGUGUAUCCUCACAAGAUACGCAAUCAGUACAAGAAGAGGCAGCAGACUCGGAAUCACGCACCACUAACCUACCUGCUAAGUCGAGAGCCGCUGCAAUCGACCCCAAUGCUGCCCGAAGACCUUCUACGCAAAUGAAAUCCCCGCUGCCGACAUUAGCGACUUUACAUAACCCCCUAGUCAACGUAAAUAAUGGUAGCGCGUCGUCAACCUCUAGCAUGAAGCCAGCCUCGCUGCCCCAACGCCCUCCUGGUGAGGGCCUCAAGUACGCCUCGGCGGCAGCAGCAGCAGCGGCAAGCGACAAGAACAACGUCGGUAUAGCACCGCUGCCACCACCGCCAGGGUCUCAACCAGUAGCGUCUUCUGUGGGAAUUUCGCCACUACCACCAUCUGCGCCUUUGAGAACAAGUGCUGCAAAUUCCCCAAGUAUAAUAAAUGUGCAACCCGCCUCCUCAGAGCCGAGAACAGGAAGCCUCCCCGUCCCUGAGCCCAAGCCUUCAGAGCAUGCUCCAAGUAUAUCAAAUACAUUCAAGAAAGCGGAGAAAGCUUCUAGAGCUUCAAGCAAGGCCUCUGGCGCCCUAGAGUCAGGGGAGUCCGCAAAGGAAUCUCAUUCCAAUGGACCGGCCAACGGCGUCAAGCCAAAGCCAGAAGACAAGGAGGAAGAAUCGAUAUUCCACCUCCCUGCGGCAUUGCACGACCUAGUCGAGUCUUAUGAAACGGUCAAGAAGAGGCGGACUGCGCCAGUAAAUACGCCGUCGACCUUGCGCAUGAUGGCGGCGUCACAACUCAACAUGAGCAUGAUGGAUACGUCGGAUGCCGAACCCCCAAGGCCAUAUAGGCCGGAAUUGCGGUAUCACUCUCCAUCUGGGUAUCCGCAGGAACCCCUGGCGAUCUUUGAUGAUCCUCGCCUGUACUCGCGCAUCGAGCCUGACACACUCUUCUACGUCUUUUACUACAAGCAGAACUCCUACCAACAGUACAUGGCAGCCAAAGCUCUAAAAGACCAGAGCUGGCGUUUUCACAAGCAAUAUCAGACAUGGUUCCAAAGGCAUGAAGAACCCAAGAAUAUUACAGAGGAGUUUGAGCAGGGGACUUACCGGUUCUUCGAUUACGAGUCCACGUGGAUGAACCGAAGGAAAGCCGACUUCAAGUUUCAUUACAAGUUUCUCGAGGAUGAAAUUUGAUGGCCUUGACCGGUUGUCAGUGCCCCUGCCACGGUACGACGAGAUGCCUGUACAUGAGCGCGGACGAAGGCGUGUAAUUGAUAUGACUCAGUGUAGUGCUCCGGUUCGAGCCAUGUAGAAAAGUGAGUGAAGAGGGGGAGGGUCUUGAUCGCUGUUCCGGGUAUCUGUAAGGAAAGAAUAAACGUCUGCAAUCGCCGUUUCCUAGCACACUGCUACACAAUCUUGCUGAGCGGCUACACUCCUCGUGAAGUGCCCGCAUACACACGAGGCGUUAAGAGGUAAUCACAGUGCGUCCAGCGUGAAGCCGACGUCGCCCUGCAAAACAAUGAUAUGCUUAAGCCCAUGGCGAACUCGGCCGUAACUCGUGUAAUGUGCUAUGCUGGCUGAAAAGUAUGUCACCAAUGAUUCGCCAAUC